UUUGCUUUGAGCGAAGACUAGUAAAGCAAGCACUCUCGAAAGAGGAAUCCUGCCAAAACCGUAAUUGAUUUGCAAUGGCGGAUGUUUCAGUCAAAAGGCCCAUGAUUACUCACGUCAUCUUCGACAUGGACGGUCUCUUACUCGACACAGAGAGGUUCUACACUGAAGUCCAGGAAAAGAUUCUUGCUAGAUUUAACAAAACUUUUGAUUGGUCUCUCAAGGCAAAAAUGAUGGGGAUGAAAGCGAUAGAAGCAGCUCGUGUGUUUGUUGAAGAGACUGGGAUCAGUGAUUCUCUUUCAGCCGAGGAUUUCCUUGUAGAAAGAGAGUCAAUGCUACAAAGUAUGUUUCCGACUAGUGAGCUCAUGCCAGGGGCUAGCCGUUUAAUUGAACAUUUGCAUGCAAAAGGAGUACCAAUUUGCUUGGCAACAGGAAGCCACAGGCAGCAUUUUGAGCUAAAAACACAAAGACAUGGUGAGCUUUUUAAACUCAUGCAUCAUAUUGUUCUUGGUGAUGAUCCGGAAGUUAAAAAAGGGAAGCCUGCACCAGAUGUAUUCUUAGCUGCUGCUAGAAGGUUUGAGGUUGGGCCUGUAGAUUCCAAGAAAAUUCUUGUGUUUGAAGAUGCACCUGCAGGAGCUCAAGCUGCCAAAAAUGCUGGGAUGAAUGUGGUAAUGGUUCCAGAUCCAAGGCUUGGACAGCUCCCACCAUGCUAUAGCAGACCAAGUUCUGAGCUCCUUAUUGGAUUUCAACCCAAGUGAGUGGGGUUUGCCUGCGUUUGAAAAUGCAUAAACCUCAUCUCCAUUUCACCCAA